CAGACCUACUUGAUUGAUUGGUGGCCAAAGUCAAAACACAUAUGUACAAUAAACACGUAACAACGAUUGGUCCCCUCGAAUUCCCUUCAUUCAUAGAGGCUGUUCAUCAUGUCUCUUCCUCAACUUUCCUUAGCCUUCCUUGUGCUGUCCGUCACUUAUGCGUUGUAUCGCCGAAUCACUCGCAUUUCCUUAGGCGAUGUGCCUGGUCCUACGUCAACUUCGUUUCUCUACGGUUCAUUGCCUGAAUUGCUCUCUGGGCAGGCUGGAGAGGUCGACUUCAAAUGGCAACAAAUGUACGGAGACGUUAUAAGGGUCCGCGCUUCAUUGGGAGAAGAGCGCCUGCUGAUCUCGGAUCCUAAAGCUAUUCAUCAUGUGUAUCAAGGCACGAAAUAUCAGUACAUCAAACCUCCUGGACGUGCUGAGCUCAUUCGACCGCUGAUGCGGGAUCCAGACGUUAAUAAUCACCCAAGGAACCGAAAGGCUGUGGAACCGGCAUUUACGGUGGGAGAGAUCAAGUCAUACCUCUCCAUUUUUUUUUCAUGCACGGAGAAGAUGACGUCAAAGUGGUUGGACAUGAUUCCUGCCGUUGGAGACCAGUCGAUGGUUGUGGAUGUAGCGUCAUGGGCAUCCAAGGUCACGCUUGAUAUUGUCGGAGAAGCAAUCUUCGACUGCCAUUUUGGUGUUUUAGAUGAAUCCGAGCAUCCACUGGCAGAGGCGUAUGCGAACUUGUUCUUCAACACGUUUUCUGCUCCCAACAGCGAGAGUGCUCGUUCCAUGAGCCUGUCGUUAUGUCUCGUCGAGUGGCUUCCGAGAUGGAUGAUAAGAUUCAUGGUCAAUCACUCUCCUGCACGGCGGUUUUCUUACAUUCGGAACUCUAGCGCCGUUAUUAGCGAGAUUACCACACAGCUAUUGAACAAGAAGGCGAAUGAUCCUGUUCUCGGAAAGCGGAAAAAAGAUAUCAUGAGCUUAUUGAUCAAAGCAAAGGAGUCGAACGACCCCAAGACUCGCCUGGAUGACGACGAGGUCCUGACGCUCAUGAACGGUAUGCUUUUCGCUGGACACGAAACUAGUGGAAAUACCUUAAGCUGGCUUUUGUUCGAGCUUGCCAAGGCUCCUGCUAUCCAACAAAAACUUCGUGCAGAGAUCAGGGCCAAUCUGAUGCUCCAAAAUCGCAGUGAUUUAGCUCCUUCUGAUCUCGAUAGCAUGACGUACCUGAAUGCCGUGUUGAAGGAGACCCUACGAUUCCAUCCCAUCUCGUACAACAGUCCUAGAAUGGCAUCGCGGGAUGACAUACUUCCUCUGAGCAAACCUAUUGCGACGAGAUCUGGAAAAGUCCUACACGAGCUACCCAUACCCAAAGGAACGUACGUCAUCUCAUCCAUCGCGGGCUACAAUAGAAACAAGAAUGUUUUCGGGGAGGACGCGCAUGUGUUCAAUCCCGAAAGAUGGCUGAAUGGCGAUGUCAAGCAGAAUGCCAAAGUUUCGUUGGGGAUGUAUGGUAAUUUGUUUACGUUCAUCGGUGGACCUCAGUCUUGUAUGGGUUGGCGGUUCGCCGUAUGCGAGCUACAGGCUCUUAUGGUAGAGAUUAUCGACAAAUUUGAGUUUUCACUUACAGAGGAUUGGAUUCGCAUCCGGAGGGAAUCAUGCAGGGUAAUGGUCCCCACCCUCGAAGGAGAGGUGGAGAAGGGGGCCCGAUUGCCUUUGAAGGUGAAGAUUGCGUCUCGAUAAUUUUUUUAAUCAUUACAUUUUUUUUUGUUUGGCCGGUGAAUCGAAUGUCAUAUAGGGUGGACAAGAGGC